AUGGGGCAUUCUGAAUGGGAUCACAAAAGAGGACCCAGAGGCUCACAGUCUUCUGGUACCAGUAUCACAGUGGAUAUCGCUGUUAUGGGAGAAGCACAUGGGCUCAUUACAGACCUUCUGGCAGAUCCUUCACUGCCCCCAAAUGUGUGUACUUCGCUGAGAACAGUGAGCAACCUGCUUAAUACACAGUUAACCUUCCAAGCCAUCCACAAGCCAAGGGUAAACCCUUUGGUGUCCUUCAGUGAGAACUACACCUGCUCCGACUCAGAGGAAUGUCCGGAGAAAGGAGAGAAACUAGCUAUUCCAAAGCGCUUACGGAGAAGUUUGCCUCCAGGACUGCUGAGACGAGUGUCCUCAACUUGGACCACAACAACAUCAGCCACAGGAUUACCUACACUAGAGCCAGCUCCAGUGAGAAGGGAUCGCAGUGCCAGCAUCAAACCUCAUGAAUCAUCUUCAUCCAGCAGUGACUCCUGGAACAGCUCAAUUCUGAUGACAAUCACGAAGAGCAGGUCCUUCUCCACCUCCUAUGCCAUGUCUUCUACCAACCAUCUGAAUGCCAAAAGGCAGAGCCGGCAAGGUAUCCCGCCAAACGUUUCACCUCUCACCUCACCGUGCCAUUCACCGAUUCAGGGGACACCUGCCACAAGUCCUACCGGGAAAACAUCUUCUGUAUCAUUUCCAGACUCUACAGAUGUUGACACCAAGCAAGGCUUAAAGCCGCACAAAGUCUUAACUUCUACUCAGAGUGCACCUAGCCUGUCAGACCCCAUUAUCAGCCCCUCUGUCAUCUGCAGCAGCUGUGGCAGACCCUAUAACCAAAUAGAAGCUGAUGAUGGGACACUAGAUAGAAAUGAUGGUACCACACACACCCUGAACAGAACAGAUGAUCCUGCGCAAGCCACUUCUGACUAUGAGACCAACAAUAGUGAUAGCAGCGAUAUCGUACAAAAUGAUGAUGAGACAGAUUGCUCCAAGGAGCAGACACGGAAGGGAUCCGUCUGUAGGACAUACGCGCCUGAAACCAUCAGUUUCUUAGACAAGCCUGUACUUGCUCCUGAGCCUCUGGUUAUGGACAACUUGGAUCCCCUGAUGGAGCAGCUGAAUAGCUGGAACUUCCCAAUCUUUGAUUUGGUGGAAAAAAUUGGAAAGAAAUGUGGUCGGAUUCUCAGUCAGGUGUCAUACAGGCUUUUUGAAGACAUGGGGCUGUUUGAAACAUUUAAAAUACCAGUGAGGGAAUUUAUGAACUACUUUCAUGCCUUGGAAUGUGGAUACCGAGAGAUACCUUAUCACAACCGAAUCCAUGCAACUGAUGUUCUACAUGCCGUUUGGUACCUUACUACUCAGCCCAUCCCAGGACUCCCAACUGUGAUUAAUGAUCACGGGUCAGCAAGCGAUUCAGAUUCUGACAGUGGAAUCACUCAUGGACAUAUGGGUUAUGUAUUUUCGAAGACAUACACACCCACUGAUGACAGCUACGGAUGCCUAGCUGGAAACAUCCCUGCCCUUGAAUUGAUGGCUCUUUAUGUAGCUGCAGCCAUGCAUGAUUAUGAUCAUCCAGGAAGGACCAAUGCCUUUUUGGUAGCAACAAGUGCUCCUCAGGCAGUGCUGUACAACGACCGCUCCGUCCUGGAGAAUCACCACGCUGCUGCUGCCUGGAACCUUUUCAUGUCAAGGCCAGAGUACAACUUCCUGGUCAACCUCGACCACGUGGAGUUCAAGCAUUUCCGCUUCCUCGUCAUUGAGGCAAUUUUGGCUACUGACCUGAAGAAACACUUUGAUUUUGUUGCCAAAUUCAACGCCAAG